GGGUUCAUAUUGAAAGAAGAAAAAGUAACGCGCAUUACCGUUUUAAAGUGUAGAAGACUAUGACCAACUUGGGAAUCUCCCAAAGCAACCAUAAUUGAAAAACCUCCAAUUAUGUUAGCUAUGGAGGUCAGGUCAGACCUUAAGAACUAGCUUUUCAAUGUUAAAUUAGGGUCGUUGAUCUAGACUAUGGAAAAUUCUGAUCAGAAAUUUAGAUUUUCAGGUAAUAAGUUGGAUUACUUUAGAGAAUCUAGUGAAGGGUCACGAACUCAGUCAAAACCCAAAUCAAUUUCAGAUUUAGGUCAAUCUCUUGCUGAAAAUAUUGACUUUAUUAGAGAUUCAAAGUCAGUAAUCGAUCGUGUUGAAUCCCAAGAGCUGACACUUAGUUACCUUUGUGAGAACCCUAAAUCAGGGAGAAUUAUGAAAGGAAAAGGUAUAAUCAUGGAGAAUUUAGGGCAAAACGAGGAGGAAAAAUGGGUUGAAAGGGAUUUUCUGCAAUUGAAUAGUAGUGAAAAUGGUUCAUCAAAACGAGAAGCCAAGGUUGAGGAGGAUAAUAAUGGAGAUUGCAACAAGAAGCAGAAGCUGGAGACAUUGAAAUUAUCUCUAGCUUUACCUGAUGUAUCUCUUUCUCUUUCUGCAUCAAACGCUGCUGUGCCGAAUCGUGAUUUUGCACCAUCCAGAAGUGUUCAAUCGGAUGAUUUUACAGGCACAGGUACAGCUGCUUCUUUGUCUUACUCUUAUUCGCUUCCGUUUUCUCAUAACCCUAGUUGCUCGUUGACUCGAAAUUCUACUGAUCAAAUUUGGAAUUGUGGUGAGGGAACUAAUGGAUCUGUUCAUAGUCGAUUUAAACCAAUUGGGGAUGGUAGCGUUUCAUUAUCCAAUCAUUGGUCUCGUCCAUUGAAUAGGGAUGGUUGUAAUAGUCUUUAUAGAGCUGCAGCAGCUGCCUCUGAGAACACUAAUAGUUCAUUUUUUCCUUCGGAAUUGCCUGCUAAGCCGAUGACAGCGGAUUUCAAGGGGACAGAUAGUUUGGAGGAUGUGAGAAAAGGGGAAAGGAUUGUUAGAGAUGUGAUCAUGGAGCGUGUCGUUCGAGAUAUUCCUGUUGAAGGUGUUGAAUUAGCUAGAGAGUAUUUGAAGUAUAUAAUGGGAGCACCUGAGAGAAAGGAUGAAUUGGGUUAUUUGCAGAAUUUGCUUGAAAGAAGGUCUGACCUUACAAGGGAGAUGCUUUUGAAGUGUGAUAGACUUCAAAUGGAGAUCAUGGUUGCUGUGAAAUUUGGUUUACGUGAGUUUGUUUCAGGGAAAUUUCGUCUGCCCGUCAGUGAAUUGGUCGAGAUUUUCUUGUUUCUGAGAUGUAGAAAUGUUAAUUGUAAAGCUUCACUGCCUGUAGAUGAUUGUGAUUGUAAGAUUUGCUCAACUAAGAAAGGGUUUUGCAGUCAAUGUAUGUGCCCUGUCUGUUAUAGCUAUGAUUGUGCUAGUAAUACUUGUAGUUGGGUUGGUUGUGAUGCUUGCUCUCAUUGGUGUCAUGCUGCUUGUGCUACUGACAAAAAGCUCAUUAAGCCUGGUCCUAGCUUCAAGGGCUCCUCUCAGAUGCAGUUUUAUUGUCUUGGAUGUGGUCAUGCUUCGGAAAUGUUUGGGUUUGUCAAAGAUGUGUUUCUCUGUUGUGCUAAAGACUGGGGUUUAGAAACACUACAAAAGGAGCUUGAUUGUGUUCGAAGAAUCUUUAAAGGAAGUGAGGAUCUUAAGGGCAAAGAAUUGUAUCUCAAGGCUGCAGAGUUGAUCACUAGGCUUGAAAGAAGGGUUAUAUCUCCAUCAGAUGCCUGCACUGUUAUCAUUCAUUUCUUCAGUAGUAAGCUUGAUAAGGAGGACAUGACAGAUAAUGUUACUGCUAGUAUUGGGGGAAAAGAUUUGGUAGCCAGUCAAGUGCGUCGCAUUAAUGAUGCAUUUUCCUCUCCUUCUGGUGAUUUGCCCCGACAUUCUGACUUAUAUAACUCUGGUUCUGUUCGUCAAGGAGUAGUUUCAUACGAUAAUUUCCGUUAUAGCGCUCCUAAGCCACAUAUAUCGAGUGAUCGACACCUAGAAGAUGAGUUGUCUGGAAAAUUCUCCAAAAAGGACACAUUCGAAUUUGAUAGCUCAGAGAGUAUUAUUCGCUGGAAGGAAGAAGCAGCCAAAAUGUUGCAAAAUCGAGCAGAUGAAGCAAGGAAAGAGAUGGAGGAAUAUCGACAAUUGGUGCAGGCAAAAACAGAGAAGCUAGAACAAGAGUACUCCGAGAAGCUUGCAAAGUUGUGCUUGCAGGAGACUGAAGAGAGGAGAAGAAAGAAAUUAGAGGAGCUGAGGAUACUCGAGAGUUCACAUUCUGAUUACUUCAAAAUGAAGAUCAGGAUGCAGGCGGAAAUCAGCGGAUUAGUCGAAAGAAUGGAGGCCACAAAGCAGCUGUGGGUCUAACUCGUUGUGUUCCUCUCAACAAUGUGUUUUAAGUGUGAUUAAUAUAUGAUCUUUUAUCUUAUAUUGCAUCUUUUUGGACAAAUUCCGUUGUUUUUUCCGAUGGCCGGUUAUGGGGGUUAAAUCGUUGGGUGUGUGCUCAGGGAGAAGCAAAAAAGACUAAUGAAUGUAUCUCCUGGAUGAUAUCUGUAAAAACAUUGUUUUUUGGUAUUCAUAGUUAACUUGCUCUGUGCCCAAAUUUCAGACCCAGUUAACACAAGUGUAUGUCUAGAAACAACCAUCAGUUGACAAGAUAAAGAUUCAUCUCAAUACCAAGCUUUCCUAGAGUGAUCACAUCAAAGAGAGUCGGGCUGAAACAUGGACUGCCCAGACAUAGCCCGUAUAAGAUAGAUAUUUUAUGUGGUAACAUGUGGGUCUAGGUCAUGUAUAAACCUCAAUUUUGGAAGGGCAAAUACAUUACGGCAUGACAUGAUCAUGUAUCAUGAUCAUGAUCAGGAUACGAUUUGACACAGUACGACUUAACAUGACACGUGACAUGUGCACGAGCGAUCCAACACAAAACGAUUUCCAUUGCUGCUUAAAACUAGUACAUGCAUCAGUGAUCAGACAGAUGGUUAAUAGCAAGAGAAGUCAAAAUCACAGGAAGCAAGUCUGGAAAGCUUUUUUAAAAAUAUCAAUAAUGGGUAUAAAGUUUUAUUCUUCAACACUUUCCUGUGUUCUGCCAUUUCCACUACUAUCAAUAUUAACGGAUAAAGUGGUUGCGUACUUCUUUUUCUGAUUUUGAGACUGUGGAGUUGAGAGGCGGCGGCCAUUUCGUUGUAGCUAGGGUUUUACUUUCAAACUCAAUUUAAAGGAAAAGAAAAAUAAUCAAAAUACGGGAUGAUUUGAGUUUGGAUCUUGUUAAAAUGUCUAUUAUUACUUAUAUGUGAGUUGUUUCACAUCAAAAAAAGAAAAGAGAAUAUAUAUUUUAUGAACUUA